AUGUCUUCGCCAACUGUCGUCUCAGCCCCGGGGAAGGUUUUAGCCGCGGGAGGCUACCUAGUCCUUGAUCCAGCACACUCCGGGCUGGUGAUCGCCACGUCUGCGCGUUUCUACACCGCGAUCUCCGUUCCUAGUUCUCCGGCGCCCCGCACGAUCCGUGUGCGCUCUCCGCAGUUCGAGGAUGCGACGUGGGUAUACACUGUGUUUGAGACUGGAGAGGUAGAACAGAGUUCCCCUGGCGCCCCGAACAAGUUCGUACAACUCGCUCUAGCACAGACACUCAAGCUCGCACGCGAGUACGGCACCGGCAGUGAAGCAUUGCAACGUGGUUUGGACAUCACAAUUGCAGGAGACAACGAUUUCUAUUCGCAACGCGACCAGUUGAAAGCUCUGAGCCUUCCGCCAACAGUCGCGUCCCUCUCGCACAUCCCUCCCUUCGUGCCUACACACUCGACACUCAAAGAUGUAGCCAAGACCGGCAUGGGAUCCUCCGCGGCUCUCAUCACCUCCCUCACCUCCGCUCUACUUAUUCGCCUCGGCGUUCUAUCGGCGUCCGACUUGCAGGUGGAGAAUGGUAGGGAACAAGCGCACAAUCUCGCGCAGUUCGUACAUUGUUUCGCGCAAGGGAAGGUCGGGAGUGGAUUCGACGUUGCGAGUGCUGUGUUCGGAAGUCAACUUUAUACGAGGUUCAGGCCGGCUGUACUUGCGCCGUUGAUGGACGAUCCUAAAUUGUCACUCGCUGCAGCGCUUGCCCCUCGCGCUCCUGGCUGGGAUCACAAAGUUGUUCCUUUCGCCCUCCCACCCUCUACCCGCUUACUACUCGCCGACGUCCACAUGGGUUCCAACACACCCCUCCUCGUCGGCCAAGUCCUCAAAUGGCGCGCAGCGAACCCGGAAGAAUCAACCACGCGCUGGGCUGCCAUCGACGCGCGCAACACGGCUUUGGCUACCUCUCUGUCACAGCUGUCGAAGUUGCAUAAGGAGAAGCCGGAGGUGUAUGAGAGUGCUAUCAAGCUCGCGGCUGGACGUAGUGCGAGUGAUUGGGCGUCGGUUGCGGCGGGGAAAGGCGGCGAAGAGGGCAAAGUGAUCAAGGUGCUCGCGGAAGCGCAUACAGCCGCGGAGUCCGUUCGUACGGCUAUGCGUGCACUAGGCACUGCGUGCGGUGUGGACAUUGAGCCAGCGCAGCAGACGGAGUUGCUGGACGCCAGUUGCGCGUUGCCCGGUGUACUCGGUGGUGGUGUACCCGGCGCGGGAGGGUUCGAUGCAAUCUGGCUACUGUUGCUUGACCCGACGGAGGAAGGGAAGGUCGUGCUGGAUGGCGUGGAGAAGCUGUGGGGUGAGAGGGAAGGCGUCACACCGUUAAGAUGCAGUGAGAGCGACAAGGCCGGUGUGCAGGUUGAGGAUCUGGGAGAUGUUCCGGGACUCAAGGCGCUCGUGGACGCGCCAUGGUAG